AACGCACGCUGCGCACCAAUGAACGAGAACGGCCCUAACCUCCACUGAACGUUGCGUGACUAGGCACACAUGAAGUUGGGAAAUCAGAUUGUGAGACGAUACUCCGUUCUGUUAACAAAGCGCGUUGGUUAGGAAGUCGUUGUUGAGAACCGGGCAGCUCGAGAGAGAGAGAGGAUUAGGAUGGGUGUGCCGAGCGGGAGAAACGUCGAGGCGAUGGAAGUUGAUCCGGUGAAUCCGUCGGACCCGCAAACCGGCGACGGAGACGGCGCGGGCGAGCGCAAGGACACCGACAUGCAGACUUUGCACGACAUCCGCGAGCACACGCGACAGAUCGAGAAGGCGGUGCAGAACAAGGAACCGCGCUUCGUGCUGCGCGCCCUGCGCGCUCUGCCCAACACCCGUCGUCGUCUGAAUCCCGUCGUGCUGCGCGGUCUCAUCACGGCCUUUUACACGAAAUCCGCGGCUGAGCGCGACGCCCUGCUUGCCUGGGUGGAGGAGCCGAUGGACAUCGACGACAACCAGGCCAUCAUUCAGAAGUUUCGCAGCUCCUCGUCGUCGCUGUUGCCGGAGAUCGACGGUUACAUCCAUCUGCUGGUACUGAUCAGGCUCAUCGACACCAGGAAGUACAACGAGGCGGUGCAGUGCUCCGAAACGCUUGUCCAGAAGCUCGCCGCGCAGAAUCGCCGCACCAUAGACCUCGUCGCCGCCAAGUGUUACUUCUAUCACUCACGUGCGUACGAACUGACGAAUCAGCUGGACAAGAUCCGAGGCUUUCUUCAUCUCCGUUUGCGCACCGCGACGUUGCGAAACGACUUCGAGGGCCAGGCGGUGCUGAUCAAUUGUCUGCUGCGUAAUUAUUUAAAUUACAAUCUGUACGAUCAAGCGGACAAGCUGGUGCUCAAGUCCACCUUUCCGGAAUCGGCCAGCAACAACGAGUGGGCACGAUUUCUCUAUUACUACGGCAGAAUAAAAGCAGCCAGACUUGAGUACUCGGCCGCUCACAAGUUUCUGGUGCAGGCGAUGCGCAAAGCGCCGCAGACAACGGCGGUGGGAUUUCGACAGACCGUUCAGAAACUCGCGGUCACGGUUGAGCUGCUCCUGGGCGACAUUCCGGAGCGUCAGAUAUUCCGACAAGCGGCUCUACGCCGCGCGCUGGCGCCGUACUUCCAGUUGACGCAGGCGGUGCGUCUCGGCAAUCUGCAGCGUUUCGGCGAGGUCCUGGAGAACUUCGGACCGCAGUUCCGGGCGGAUCACACGUUCACGUUGAUUCUGCGGCUACGUCACAACGUCAUCAAGACCGCGAUACGCUCGAUCGGGCUCUCGUAUUCGCGCAUCUCGCCGGCGGACAUCGCGCGCAAACUGGGCCUGGACUCGAGCGUGGACGCGGAGUUCAUCGUCGCGAAGGCGAUUCGCGACGGCGUGAUCGAGGCGAUUCUGGACCCGGAGAGCGGUUUCAUGCGCAGCAAAGAGACCACGGACAUCUACUGCACCAAAGAGCCGUUGCUGGCCUUCCAUCAGAGAAUCACCUUCUGUCUCGACCUUCACAAUCAGAGUGUGAAGGCGAUGCGUUAUCCGCCCAAGUCAUACGGGAAGGACCUCGAGUCCGCGGAGGAACGACGCGAGCGUGAGCAACAGGAUCUGGAACUGGCCAAAGAGAUGGCCGAGGAGGACGACGACGGUUUUCCUUGAAUCUGAGACGAUUACGUCCGCAGACUUUAGAAGAAAAUUCGAGGAAAUGAUUGAUUCAGCAAUGUUUUCGAGAGACGUUUGCGAUGCAAGAAUACGAUUACUUACGUGUGCUUUUUUUUUUUAAUGUCAAAUGGAUUUGUAGAUACACCUGCAAAACGAUAAGGAUUAAUAAAGUUGUUGUAAUGUUUUCUAAAUAACUUUAUAUAUACAUAUGUAUAGUUGAUAAGAAUAGUGUAGUGUAAUAAAAUGUAAGAAUAUAUAUUUAAAUUGAAUCUUAAAGUUGCGAUCCACUGGCGAUAGUGGAUAAUAAUAAUAAUAAUAAUAAUAAAAUCGUAAUUCUCAUAACGUUGUUUCAUUUUCUACAUUUGUUGUCCG